CUUGUAUACGUACACAGGAGCGGACACUGACACAAGUUGCCGUGUUUAAUUCUAACAUUCGGUCCUCCUCACCAUCCCCAUACAAGUCUGAGGCGCAAGGCAAGAGCUACGGAAUGGCGACCACCGGGAGCACCGCGCUGAGCAUGAAGCUCCUCAUCGACACCAAGGCCCGGCGCGUGCUGUUCGCGGAGGCGAGCAAGGACGUGGUGGACUUCCUCUUCUCCCUCCUCUCCCUGCCGGUCGGCACCGCCGUCAAGCUGCUCGGCAAGGACUCCAUGGUCGGCAGCGUCGGCAGCCUCUACGGAAGCGUCGAGAAGCUCGACGCCACCUACGUCCAGCCCGGCGCCGCCAAGGACGCGCUGCUCCACCCCUCCGUCCUCUCGCCGGCGGUCAGCACCAAGAGCUCCCUCCUAGGCUUGCCGGGGCCGCCGCCUCCACAGCCACAGGCCAAGACGUUCUAUGGGUGCAGCUUGUCCUGCGGCUGUUACAAUAGCGGAUAUGGUAGCGGCCACUCCGGUACAUGCAAAUUCUACAGCUGCCGGACCUACGUGACGGGCAGUUACGGCACCUACUGCCCGUCAUGUGAUAAGCAGAUGACCACGGAGGCGAAGCUCGUGCCGUCGGGCGUGUCCGGAGGCCAGACUGCGCAGGCGGUGGCCGGCGUCAGCGGGAAGGGGUACGUGCAGGGCAUCGUGACUUACACGGUGAUGGACGACCUCACCGUGACGCCCAUGUCCUCCAUCUCCAGCAUCACCCUGCUCAACACAUUCGCCGUCAAGGAUCUCAGCGCGCUCCAGGAGAAGACCGUGCAGCUCGGCUACGACGAGGGUCUGGAGAUCCUGAAGGCGUCGCUGCAGUCCAAGACCGUCCUCACCGACGUUUUUCUGAGCCCCGCCCGCAAGGCUUGAAGCCACGGUCCUGCGCCUCACGCCAUGUCGACAUGGAAAAGUAGCUCGAUGCAUCGAUCCAUGUAGGGUGAAUUAAGUCGGUUGGUCCUUUUGUAUGAACAUGUUGCAAGGGCUAGUAGCUCCAUCCACCUAACUAAAAUAGGUUGAUGUCUCGUGAGGCUAUCAGCUUGUAUUGUUAAAAUGCAUGUAAUCCAGCUUAAUUUAUCGUUUACGCC